CAAAUAUAUUCAUAUAUGAUAAGUAUAAAUCGAAGUUUAGAAGCCCCUGAUUUCCAACAACUGCAAGGACGUACCAUAACAUAAGAACAUCCACAAUUAAGAUACCUUUCAAAUAUAAUUAGAAACAUGGCGUCAGGUAGAUUGACUGUACUUCUGAUGCAACCAGUGUCAAUUUUCCUACGUUCUGGUUUCUUUACUAUUAGCCAGCCACAGGAACCCUCACUGCUGGUUGUAGAGUGAAUAUAAUUGAAUGAGAAGCUUCUAUUCUGAACUGUCAAAAGGCGAGCAAAUACUUUGCCCUGAAAAUUCCCUCAAUACGACGGCAAGCUUUGCAGCAUUCGAAGCAGAAAGAAUAGCAAUUGGUGAAAAAAUUAUGACAAAGCACUACGCACCUCUAGCGCAAGAGUAUCUAAAAAAAGGUUGUCCUAGAUGUUUGAGGGCCAGGAUAUGGACGUUGCUUCUGGGAGCCGAAGUCAAACAACACGAACAAGCUUAUUACGAAUCACUAAAGGCGCACGUUCUUCAGUACGACAUGAUGAUAGAUAAACUGAUAAUUAAAGAUAUCAACCUUACAGCUUCUAAUGACGAUCAGUAUUUUGUUUUUGAAGAUGUUUUGUAUCAGGUGAUGUUAUGCUUUUCGAGAGAUUCUGACAUACUAAGAAGACUGCCGAAUCAGCCAGCUUUCAUGCAAGUAUUUGUUAAAGGAAAACAAAACACUCAAGAAGGCUCUGUCGUUUUUCCUCCCAGUGGUGUCAUUCCUUUUCAUGGUUUCACUAUGUAUGCUGCCCCAUUCUGUUACCUUUUUGAGAGCCCCAUAGAACUUUACUUCGUCUUCAGAACAUUCUACCUGAGAUACUGGCAUCGACUACAUAGGGUCUGCGCCAAUUCUCAAGGCAUUGUAUCACUUUGUCUCCUGUAUGAAAGGCUGUUGCAGUGUUUUGAGCCUUUAUUAUGGAAUCAUUUCAAGAAAUACAGAAUUCACCCUUUGCGAGUGGUUAUCAAAUGGAUAAUGAGAGCCUUCAGUGGCCAUCUUCCACCCGAACAGUUACUCACUCUUUGGGAUUUGAUCCUAGCAUACGACUCGUUGGAGAUCAUACCACUCCUAGCAGCCGCCAUCGUAGUUUUCAGAAAGGAUAACCUUAUGAAAGUAUCCACGUUGCAAAAUAUGGAAGCAGUUUUGGCGGAUUUGUCUUCUAUUUCUGUUAUACCGCUCAUUCAAAUGGCGUUGAUAAGAGAAUAAACGAAUUUAUAUGUU